AUGGCGCUUCAAAAGUACAUCGCUUUGGUCUACUUGUUCCUACCCGCGUGGCUCAUUCUCUACUACGUUCUACCAUACUUCACCACGAACAAGAACCUCAGACGCAUACCGGGACCACUCGUGGCAAAGUUCAGCAACACUUGGAUUGCCCUAGGAGCCRGAAAGGGGAAGAAGUUCGCAUGGGUACACUGKGCUCACGAGAAAUAUGGUUCCAUCGUCCGAGUUGGUCACAACCAUGUCUCCAUCGCUGAGCCAGAGGGAUUGAAAGUCGUCUAUGCGCACGGCGAGGCCUCGACUUUGAAAGAUCAUUUCUAUGAAGCGUUUGUGUCGGGAGUCCCAGGGGUGUUCAAUGUACGUGAUCGUGCUGAACAUACCCGCAAACGUAAAAUCAUUGCACAUGCUUUCUCCCCUGGAUCUGUUCAUGCAUUCGAAACUCACAUGGCGGAUAACCUACGGCGAUGGGUCCGUCAAUUGGACCGGAUAUCGUCCCAUCCAACAUCUCGCAACGGGUUUGCAAGGAUCAAUAUGAUGCCUUGGUGCACCUUUCUCGCAUUCGAUAUCAUCGGUGAUCUCGCUUUUGGAGCCCCUUUCGGUAUGGUCGACAAAGGCAGAGACGAAUGCGAAGCCCAACUCGUACCACAUGGACCAAUAGUACUUGCCUCAGGAGCAGAGACACUAAACCGUAGAGGAGAAAUAAGCUCUACCUUGGGUCUUUUGCUACCGUUGAAGCCGUGGGCCAGAUAUCUCCCCGAUCCGUUCUUCAGCAAUGGAUUGAAAGCCGUCAAAAAUCUCCACGGAAUCGCCCAAGUAGCGGUCUCGAAGCGACUUGAUGCCGAGGUGAAAGCUGGCGGAGAAAAGAAACAGCGACAUGAUAUACUUGACAUGCUUGUACGGGCCAAAGACGCUCAUGGUAACCCGAUGCCUCGAGAUGAGUUGGUCUCAGAGGCUUUGACGGAGUUGAUCGCGGGCUCUGACACGGUAUCCAACACUGCAUGCGCUCUAUUCUACUGGAUCAUGCACGGCGAGCGAAGAGCGCCAGGAACGAUUGUCUCACGUCUACAAGCUGAACUAGCCACUACCAUCCCAGCUUCCUCUGACAUUGCAUCCUACGAGCAAGUUCGCAGCUUACCAUUUCUCCGCCGCUGCAUCGAUGAAGGAAUGAGAUUGCAUUCAACAUCCGCCAUCGGACUACCUCGAAUCGUCACUUCCCCCCGUGGAAUCCAAUAUCAAGACCACUUCUUCCCUCAAGGCACCGUAUUAUCCGUACCAAGUUACACCAUCCAUCGCCUAGCAGAAGUCUGGGGUCCAGAUGUCGAGGAAUUCCGUCCGGAUCGAUGGCUACCGGAAAAUCUCACUCCAAGGCAGAAACUCAGCUUUAAUCCUUUUAGUUUUGGCCCGAGAGCGUGUGUGGGACAGAAUGUGGCGCAUAUGGAGUUGGCGUUGAUUGUUGGGACUGCUUUUCAUCGAUAUGAAUUUGAACUGUAUCAGACAGAGUUGGAGUCUCAUGAGGGAUUUUCGAAGAAGCCGGAUGAGAAUUGGAUGGGGAUUCGACGGAGGAGGAACUGGGGGUAG